AACAUUUCAUUCAUAGCUUUGUUGACAAUCGUAAACCACAGUGAAAAAGAUUUUGGUGAAAAAUAUCUACAGUUUAUUUUGAACGUAUGGCGAGUUCCGAAACCUAGCAAAUGAUGAACGAUAAACCACAGCCACGGGUCAUAAUGGAGCUUUGUAGAACCUGCAUGAGCGAUCGGAGCAUUCAACUUGUUCCAGUUUACUCCAAACUGGAUGAUGCUUUUAUUGCGAACAUCAUUAUGGAAUGCACAUCGAUUCAGAUACACGAAAAUGAUGGCCUUCCAACAAACAUCUGCCAACAAUGCAUGGAAACGCUGAGGUUGUUAACAACUUUCAUCCGGACCGCUCGGGACAGUGAUCGACAGCUGCGGAAGAUCUUCAAAUCUGAAUAUUCGUUAUCGCUAGCCAUUGAUCCUGUUCUUGUGGUCGACAGUUCGAAGGGUGAUGGUCUGAGUAACGACACCGAUGUGUUCCAAUUUGCGGAAGUGAAAAUCGAACCCUCUGAGACGCUGCAUCCCGAGGAAAAUGAAGGCUCCGACGAGGCAAUCUCAAGUGACAGCAAUAGUGACGACGGUAGAGACAGUUUACGUGACGAUUCUGAUAAAUCCAGCGAUGAGACCGAGAGCAACAGUGAUUGGGACGGAAGCGAUCAGGGAGAGUACAGCACUCCCAGGGAGCACAAAGUUCGAAGGAAACCCGGUCCCAAACCGAGGCCAAAGUCUUCUGAUUCCGACGAUAGACCAGCUCUAAAUAAGCGCAAACCUAGGACCGACGAAGAGGUACUCAUGAAUGAAUACGAACAAGAGUUGUACACAGUAAUUGAUAUCGAGAAGGAUAAACAUAUUUGUUGUGGAUGCUUGCUUAUUUUCAAUACCGCACAAGAACUUGACUCGCAUAGGGGGAAAACGCAUGUUCGAAGAAGGGAAUCUAGUCCAACGAAAAAUUCUUCCAAGAUAAUUUGUGAUGGCUGUCUGCGCAAGUAUAAAUCCAAGCGGCGGGUAAAUUAUCAUAGAGAACGUGUCCGGCAGCUGCAGACGAUAUGGGAGUGCAAUAAAUGUAAAAAUAGGUUCUCGGAAGCUACGAGAAGGCGUUCGCAUGCCAAGAAGCAUCCUCACAAAGAAGGACCAACAGCCAUAGUUGCACCGAUCAAAGAAGUAGUGCAACAAGAGCUAGGAUGGAUAUGUUGCGCACAAGCAUGUGGUCAAUCUUUUCCCACGGAAAAAGAACUAAUUACACAUGCUCUGAAAGCCCAUCAAAUCAAUAAACAGGAAGCAGAGUUGGAAGAAAACCAAAAUAAGCCGGUACAGUGCCAAGUAUGUUAUCGACGUUUUCACGACAAAAACGGACUCAUUAAUCAUCAGCAGCGACUUUAUCGGUUGCACAAGUACCAGUGCGCUCUAUGUGGAUUGCAAUUCAACAGCGGAGGGCGACUGACCGAACAUGAAUUGACCCACCAGAAUGAGAAACCAUUUAAAUGUGAAGUCUGUGACAAGGCUUUCACCCAGAAGGGCAAUCUGAAGACGCACAUGUCUGUUCACACGAACGAGAAACCAUUUCAGUGCACUGUCUGUGGAAUGGCUUUCCGCCAAAAAGGUGGUUUGAAAACACACAUGUCCAACCACGUUGAAAACCCCCAGUUCAAGUGUGAGGUUUGCUUGAAAAUGUUCAAAGCCAAGUUACAUUUGCGCUAUCACAUGCGUAUCCACAACGGCGAGAGACCUUUCCCAUGUCGUUAUUGUGAGAAGGCUUUCACCGAUUUCACAAAUCGAAUGAGACAUGAAAUGAGUCAUACGGACAAUCGUCCUAUCGCGAAAAUAUUUUGUGAUGCAUCUACACAGACCGACCGGGAAGAGCUGAUCAGUUCUCCUGAUUCGACUGAAUCGAAGCUCAAUAUGUGUUUGUCACUACUGGCACAGGCAAAUUACAAAUUAGAUGCUCUGGGUGGUUCCACCGCAUCUGCCCGCCAUGAACCCGUAGUGAAGCCUGUAACUAUCAGCAAAAUCGACCUGAAGCCAGUGAAAGAUGUGUAUGAGAUGGAAGCGUUGGAGGAAGGUUGCAAGAACGAAGAAUUCGUGGAAUCAAUCAUUGCCUCCAUUGGUAAACUUCACGGUCGUCAACGGUACACAGGAAAAGGGGUUACCGUUAGUCUCCAGAUUAUGGACUGUUUCUUCGAACGUCAGUUUCUCCUUCAUUGCUCGUGGACUGGCACAGGACGCAAAUCUUCUGACCAGGAACAGGUUCAGCGAAAGGUUCCGUUCUGUAAAUUCGGAGGAGUGAUCAAUCUAUUCUACCGAACCGUUCUCCAUUCUGAUCCAGAGUUUUCAAUGGCUGAGUGCAAGGAAGUUUUGCAUCGAUGUUUGAGAAAUGCAAAGCAACGUUUUGUGGAAAAUACUCGCACGAGGAAGCCGGUGGCGCGUAAGCGCAAGCGUCUUUAGGAGUUGAUUCAGAGGAAAAACAAAACGAGUAAGAGAAGCAAUUGAAGUUGAACUGUUUGGUGAAAUAGGAAUUAUGAAGCCUUUAUUUAUCAAAUGAUUUUUAGAAAUAGAUCCAAAAAUGUUAUUUUUUCAUAUGAAUUUAAAUAAACCACAAUAUGUAUCAGUA